GUGCAGACGCGCGCUCGUACGUAGGUACGAAGGCGAGUCCCUCCUUACGCAGACACGCACGGCCCACCGGAGGGCGGGAGCGGAGCGGCGAGGUCAGUGGCGCCCCGCCCAGUCAGCCAGCAAGGUUGCGCGUGCCCAGGGCGACCGCCAAGAUGGUGGUGGGCGCGUUCCCCAUGGCGAAGCUGUUCUACCUAGGCAUCCGGCAGGUCAGCAAGCCGCUGGCCAACCGCAUCAAGGAGGCCGCCCGCCGCAGCGAGUUCUUCAAGACCUACAUCUGCCUGCCCCCAGCCCAGCUGUACCACUGGGUGGAGAUGCGGACCAAGAUGCGCAUCAUGGGCUUCCGGGGCACAGCCAUCAAGCCGCUGAAUGAAGAGGCAGCGGCAGAGCUGGGCGCUGAGCUGCUGGGCGAGGCCACCAUCUUCAUUGUGGGUGGAGGCUGCCUGGUUCUGGAGUACUGGCGCCACCAGACUCAGCAGCGCAACAAGGAGGAGGAACAGAAGGCAGCCUGGAAUGCACUGCAGGACGAGGUGGGCCGCCUGGCGCUGGCACUGGAGACGCUACAGGCUCAGGCACAGGCGAUGCCCUCUUUGAGCGCCCUGGAGGAGCUCCGAGCUGAGCUGCGGGAAGUGCGUGCCCAGGUCUGCAAUGAGCACUCCACUCCCAAGUGCCAAGCAGCAUCUUCCAAGAAAUAGUCGGCUGCUGGGGCCCCCAACAUGGCCUGGCCUGCCCUGGCCCAGCAGAAGCCACCGGGACCUUGAUGCAACUGUGACCUGUGGUGGUCAC